GUAGGUGGUUACUGGGCAGUCACUGGGAAAGCACAACACACAAUACAAAAAAGAAAGGUUGCUUGAACCCGUACACUAACUGCAGUACUGCUGCACUGAAGUUAAAACCAAUCUCCCCUUCAACAUUUUUGCAGAGCAAUGUAUGGUCCUGGGGUGAAAGUGGGUAACUGGCUGGAAGCUGCCCUGUCAGAGGAGAUGCAUGUGAGUGAAAUGAAGAAACGCCGGGAUAGUGGAAACCUUCUGCUGGACAGGACCCGCGCCGUCUACGAUCGCUUCUACCAGGAAACGGUGCUGGGGCCACCACAGGAUGUGCUUGCCUUCGGAGUGGUGGUGCAGCUCCAGCCAGUGAAAAUCAGUGUCUGCCGCCAACAGGACAUAGAUCAAAACCUGGCCCUGUCGGUUGUAAUUACCCAGGAGGGACUGCACCGCAACUGCAACACCAUAAACGAGAUGUGCGACCUCACAGUGGCACCUUCGCGACGUCCUUCGCUGCGCAACAGCUUCAGGAUCGUCAGUCCGAACGAAAAGGACCUUACUGGUCAGUACCUAGCCUACGGCGAGAAGUUUCGACUCCAGACCCUGGAGCCCGCGGAUGAGCCAAUGUAUGUGUUCAGCGGUCCUAAAAGGCUAAACCUUUCGCUCCCAGUAGAGAAGGUGUUUUUCACCACCAAGAACGGCGAGGUGACGUUGCCACUGGGACUGGUCUCCUACAAGAACUGCGGCCAAUCUGCCCGGGUGCCAACUUCUCACACUCACUUCUUUUGUGCCCAUGAAAGCCCCGAUCACCGUUUCGAAAGCGAGGGCAAAACCAUUCCGGUAAAUAAACCGUUGAUCAUUGUGCACGCUGUGACCAAUCGAAAUCUGGCUGUGGAAAAUGUGCUGGCGAACACCCUAUUUGGCCCAGAGUUUCAGGUGUCCGUGCAGACUUACAAGAAUGUCUACAAGCGGGAGACCUGGAAGAACCAGUGGAUGUUCACAUACUGAUAUCACCAAUCGCAUGUUGUUUUUGUGUUCAUAUUGCCAUACUUAAAUAUAGCUUGUACCUGCUGUAGCA